AUGACGAUGGUGAUGGUGAGCAUCUGGGUGGGGACGGUUGUGGGGGGGACGACGACCGGGCUAGAUGUGAGCAAGAAAGGUGCGGCCGGGCUGUCGUCCUCGAAGGCGGCGGGGGUGGCCCAAAGCUUGGCGGCCAAUCCGGGAGAGCUCUCGGGCGCGUGUCAGCAAACGAUUUCGGCGAUUGCGGCCGACGAGGCCUUGUCGAUCUGUACCAACAUCUUCGACAUGGUCCAGAUCCGAAUGGCCAGGGACUCCAUCUCUGCCCCUAUCAAGGUCUACAUCAGACUCCCCUCAGUUUUGUUCCUCCUCCAAUUCCUACUUGACUGA